AUGGACUUAGAUGUUCAAAAGCUUAUGGCCCAGAUUUCAAAAAAGGAAGUAAGAGAAGCUGUUUUUCAUCUUCCUAAGGAGAGUGCACCUGGAUCAGAUAGAUUCCAUGCAAGUUUUUAUCAAAAGCAUUGGGACAUAGUAGGUGAGGAUAUCUUCCAAAUGGUACUUCAUUUUUGGAAUUCUGAAUUUCUGCUUAAGAGUUUGAAUAAAACUUUCAUCGCCCUUAUUUCCAAAACUGACAAGCCUCAAUCUUUUAAGGAUUUUCAUCCAAUUAGCCUGUGUAAUGUAUCUUAUAAAAUCAUUUCAAAGGUUUUAAGUAACAAGCUAAAAGGGGUUUUGGACAACAUCAUAGCCCCUAAUCAGUGUGCUUUCCUCAAGGGUUGUCUAAUAUCAAAUAAUAUAAUACUAGCUAUGGACUUAAUCUCACAUAUUCAUUCUUCAAGGGAAAGAAGAAAGAAAAUAACAGCUCUUAAGAUUGACUUUGCUAAGGCUUUUGAUAAGCUUUGUUGGGACUUUGUGUCUGCUAUCAUGAUCAAAAUGAAUCUUCCUACCAAAUGGGUUAAUCUUAUUAGACAGUGUUUGUCAACAGUGGAGUAUCAAAUUCUGCUUAAUGGAUCUCUCUCUGCUUCAAUUACUCCAACAAAUAGCAUACGUGCUAAGAGUAUCUGGUCCAAAUAUCUUGGAUUUUCAUUUGAAUCUAAAUUGGGAAGGUACUUGGGCACUUGGAUUGAUUCAGGUAGAGGCAAGACUCAAAUAUACUCUCAAGUGUUAAAUGCAGUGAAGCAUAGAAUUGCUAAUUGGCAGACAAAACUUCUAUCUCAGGCCUCAAGACUGGCUCUUAUCAAAUCAGUGCUUGCGGCUGUAAAUAUUCAUGUCUUUUCUUGCAUCAAGAUACCAAAACACAUAUGUGAGCAAAUUGACUCCUAUUGUAUCAAUUUCUCCUGGGGAUCCACAAACACUAAGAAGAGGGCUCAUCUUCUUAGGAAAGAGGAAAUUUUUAAACCAGUAGAACAAGGGGGCUUGGGAUUAAGGCCUUUGGCAGUUAUGAAUAGUGCUCGUUUGGCUAAACAGGUUUGGAGAAUUUUAACUUCAGAAGAACCAUCACUAUUAGCAACAUCUUUGAAAAUCAAAUACAUUGAUAUUGCUUCUUCUGAUUUGAUUAAGCAAGAUCUAGCUGACAUGUCGAAUGUUCGAUAUAUAGCGGAUCUUUUAGUGCAUAGAAACUCCUCUUGGAGUAAUGUUGAGUGGAACUCAUCCUUGAUCUAUCAACUUUAUCCUAGUUCCUCAGCUUUAGCCAUUAUGUCUUCUCCUCUCUCUUUCACAGAUACCUCAGAUAAACUGGCAUGGAAAGGAAAUUCCUUGGGUAUAUAUAAGGUAAAAGAUGGAGCUUCCAUUUUAACUAAUGGGGAUAUUGUAGUUUUGGAUGAUUUCUAG